ACUCCUUGCGAUUGCGGCGACGAGAGACGAGAGAGAGGGAGGUGCCGAAAAAAAAAACGGACAAGAGAGGGCGAAGUUAACACUAACAGGGAGGGCAGACGGAGAACCAGGAGCGGCGUCGAGCUAAAAGCCCCGGCGGCGGUCAUGGCCACCGCAGACCAGAGCCGUAUUUUCAUGAAGGACGUCAAACGCGUCAUCAUCAAGGUGGGCACUGCAGUUGUCACGAGGCAUGAUGGGCGAGUAUCCACAGGCAAUUUUGGUGUUCUUUGUGAACAGGUGAAAGAGAUAAAUGCUCUAGGAUACGAGGUGAUCAUUGUGUCCUCAGGUGCUGUUGGUGUGGGGAAGCAGAGGCUCAAUUACAGGAAGCUUGUCAAUAGCAGCUUUGCUGAUAUGCAAAAGCCACAGACGGAGCUGGAUGGAAAGGCUUGCGCUGCCGUUGGACAGAGUGGCCUCAUGGCUCUCUAUGAUAUGCUAUUUACUCAACUUGAUGUAUCCUCUUCCCAACUUCUUGUGACAGACAGUGAUUUUGAGAAUCCAAACUUCAGGGAGAGGCUUCGUGAAACUGUUGAGUCACUAUUAGAUCUUAAAGUUGUACCAAUAUUUAAUGAAAAUGAUGCCAUCAGCACCAGAAAGGCUCCGUAUGAGGAUUCAUCGGGUAUAUUUUGGGAUAAUGACAGUUUAGCCGGUCUUUUGGCUAUAGAACUUAAAGCAGAUCUUCUUGUUCUACUCAGUGACGUGGAUGGCCUCUACAGCGGUCCACCUAGUGAACCUCAAUCAAAGAUGAUACAUACAUACAUCAAAGAUAAAUAUCAUAACGAAAUUACUUUUGGGGAUAAGUCACGUGUAGGUAGAGGAGGAAUGACAGCUAAAGUGAAGGCUGCUCUCGUGGCUUCAAACAGUGGCACACCUGUUGUUAUAACAAGUGGAUCUGCAUCUGGGAGCAUCAUUAGAGUUCUCCAAGGAGAGAAGAUUGGUACUCUCUUUCAUAAGGACGCGAGUUUGUGGGAACCAUCCAGUGAUGUUAGUGCAUGUGAGAUGGCUGUUACUGCAAGAGAAUGUUCAAGGCGUCUGCAGAAUUUGUCGUCGGAUGAGCGCAAUAAAAUAUUGCUAGACGUGGCGGAUGCUUUGGAGAAAAAUGAGAAUCUAAUUAGGACCGAGAAUGAAGCCGAUGUAGCUGCAGCGCAAGAUGCUGGAUAUGAGAAAUUUUUGGUUGAUAGAUUGACCCUAAAGCCAGGAAAGAUAUCAGCCCUCGCGAAAUCCAUUCGCACUCUUGCACGUAUGGAAGACCCAAUCAACCAAAUACUCAAAAGAACAGAGAUUGCUGAAAAUUUAAUUCUCGAGAAAACAUCAUGUCCUUUGGGUGUCCUAUUGGUUAUUUUUGAGUCCAGGCCUGAUGCCUUGGUCCAGAUUGCAUCUUUAGCGAUUCGAAGUGGCAAUGGUCUUCUCUUGAAAGGUGGAAAAGAAGCCAUGAGAUCAAACAAAGUAUUGCAUAAGGUUAUAACUGGUGCCAUUCCUAGCAACGUGGGUGAAAAACUUAUUGGCCUUGUUACAAGUAGAGACGAAAUUGCUGAUUUACUAAAGCUUCAUGAUGUAAUUGAUCUUGUCAUUCCAAGAGGCAGCAAUAAGCUGGUUUCACAAAUCAAGACAUCAACUAAGAUCCCUGUUCUUGGUCAUGCUGAUGGUAUCUGUCAUGUAUACAUCGACAAAUCAGCUAACAUGAAUAUGGCAAAACAAAUAGUGAUGGAUGCCAAAAUUGAUUACCCAGCAGCCUGCAAUGCUAUGGAGACAUUGCUUGUUCAUAAAGAUCUUAUAAAGGCUCCAGGUCUUGAUGACUUACUGCUAUCACUCAAAACAAAAGGAGUUGCUAUUUUUGGGGGGCCUGUUGCACAUGAAGUAUUGUGCAUUCCAGAAGCAAAUUCAUUCCAUCAUGAAUAUAGUUCUAUGGCCUGCGCAAUUGAGUUUGUUGAUGAUGUACAGUCAGCGAUUGACCAUAUACAUUGUUAUGGAAGUGCACAUACAGAUUGCAUUGUCACUACAGAUGAUAAAGUAGCAGAAACUUUUCUGCGUCAAGUUGAUAGUGCUGCUGUGUUUCAUAAUGCAAGCACACGAUUCUCUGACGGGGCUCGUUUUGGAUUGGGUGCUGAGGUUGGCAUAAGCACAGGGCGUAUACAUGCUCGUGGGCCCGUGGGUGUUGAAGGUCUCUUAACAACGCGCUGGAUCAUGCGAGGGAGCGGGCAAGUGGUGAACGGUGACAAUGAUAUCGCAUACACCCAUAAGAACCUUCCAUUGCCAUGAGGCCGUUUUUGUGCUUCAUCAGGAUUCGUGUCUAUCCAGUGAUGUUUGAUAGUGUCGUCAGACAGGAGCAGAGAGUGGUGAAUCUUUUCGAUGAGGGACGGUGAACUGCAAUGUCCACUUAUCCAGUCAUUUUUAUCUAGAACAUUCUGGUGAGACACCCACCACCCCGAUAAAGCAGUGCUGGGAGUAGUAGAGCACUAAUGUACCGAGGCUGUGUCUAGUCUAGGUUAAACAAGAGAAUUCGGUUAUAUUGUUAAUUUUUUUGGGUCUGAUUGAACAUAUAUGUUGUCAGUUUUUGUAGUGAUACAUAUAUUUCUUUAAAUCCUACUUGAUCGCAAGAGUUAUGAGCUAUCCUAAUUGGGUCACUUUGUAGUACUCCUUCUGUUUCUUUUUAGUUGUCGCUGGAUAAUGCAAAAUUAAACUAUCCAGCAACAACUAAAAAAACAGAGGGAGUAGUUGUUUCUGAUACAUCUUGUAUAACAUAUUCUCAUAUUGCAGGCC